AUGUUGUCAGAAGGGUAUCUUUGUGGAAUCCCCUAUUUUUGUGACGACUUCUUGAGUUCCAAGCUCUACAGAAAACGAGCAGCAGAGGAGAAGGUGCAUGAGAUGAGCUCCAUGUGUGGCUUUACCUAUUCCUCCAUGGAUGAAACACAGGGCAGAAGUCUCUUUCAGAGGUGCAGGUCUGUGAGCAAGUUCUUUUCUUCAGUCCAUUCAAAAGGAAGCAAACACAACGGAAGACAGAAAGAGACUUUACUGCAGGUUAUUCAGAGCACAGAGUUUGAAAGGCAAACAUCUCCAGUUGGGGAUAUGUCUGGAGGAUCCACAAGUAGAGAUACCUACCUGGUUCCUUCUUCCUGUAAAAGCAUUUGCAAGAAUUACAAUGAUUUACACAUUGCUGGAGGCCAUGUGAUGCCUAUCAGCUCAGUAACAACAGAUUUUACCUGUGACAGUGGGAUAGGUCCAUUUUUGGAGUCAUCAGAGAUUCCUCCGCCUAUGGAAUCUAUGAGGAUGCCAACCAAUGACCUCAUUCGCAAGCCCGUCCAAGGGUACUCGUCAUGCUGGCGAGUGACCAGCAUAAUGCAACACCAGCAGCCACUCUCCAAUUCAAUACUGAAUGACUACCUAGAGCAGAAAGUGGUGGAGUUGUACAAGCAGUAUAUCAUGGACAGCAUGGUCAACAGUGCAUCCCCCACUCAGAUCCUGGCCUCUGAGCUCAUCAUGACCAACGUAGACCAAAUCAGCAUGCAGAUAUCACGAGAGAGGAAUAUGGAGACCACCAAGGCCAAAGACAUGGUCAUUAACUGCCUGUUACGACUGGCCAGUGGAAAAGUAUCUAGUGAAAUAAGCACCCCUAGUCUGCAUAUUUCGCAAUAAAGCAGCAUCAGUAUGUAGACUGGUGGCAUUAAGGUGGUCUGCAGCUAGAAAGCUUACAGGUUUUGUAAAUACAAAUGUUAAGUUCUCAGUUUAGUACUUUUCUGGUAUUAUUGAAUUAAACCCUGUUAUAACUAAUAGUAUUGUUAUUUGACCAAUUUUUGUUGGCCAAAGAGAAAAACUUUUGAGCUA